AUGAAGGUGGAGGAGGCCCUUCCCAAACAAAGGCUGGCACCUGCUGCUGCUGCUGCUCCUGCUCCUGGGCAGGGAGUCGCCGGGCAAGGAGGGAGGAAAGGAGGAAGGGAGCGACGCCUGUCCUUCGGGGCUGGCCUUUGCUUGCCCCUCGGCGCCAUGGAGGCGACCUGGAGCCGCGCCGUCAAGAGCCUGACGGGUUUGAUAGGGAAUUUGAACCCCAUUCCCGACGAAAGCGACAGCGCAAGAGCCGCAGCGGCGGAGGAGGCAGCCAACGCGGAGAUCCUUCUUCCUGAUGAAAAAGAAUUCCAGCAUGCGGCUAAAACUAAUAAUCUGGAAACGAUGGAAAGACUGUUUCAGAAAAAAGUUAACAUUAAUGCUGCAAAUAUUCUGAAGCGCACAGCUCUCCACUUUGCUGUUGCAGGAAAUCAUAUAUCUGCAGUGGACUUUCUCCUCCAUCACAAAGCUAGAAUUGAUAUUGCUGAUAAGCAUGGACUUGUUCCAAUUCAUCUUGCUGCGUGGACUGGAAAUCUGGACAUAAUGCUGAUGUUAAUCAAAGCAGGUGCUGAUCAAAAAGCUAAGAACCAGGAAGGAAGAAAUGUCCUCCACUUUGCAGCUCAGAAUAAUAAUGUCAGAAUCGUGGACUAUUUCAUCCAGGAUCUUCACUUGCUUGACCUCAAUACCCCUGAUGAGAAAGGUAGAAAGCCAUUUCUUCUGGCGGCUGAAUGGGGCCACGUAGAAAUGGUAAAUGAGCUGAUUUCUCUUAAUUUAUCCACCACGCAAAAGGACAAAGAUGGAAAUACUGCAUUGCACCUGGCGGCUAAAAAUGGCCACCAUGAAGUGGCAGAAGUUCUCCUUGAUCAGUGGGAAGAAAUAAAUGAGUUCAAUGAGGAAGGUGAAACACCUUUUUAUCUGGCUGUGGCAGGAGGCCAUGAAAAAUGUGCUGAUCUCUUACUGGAAGCAGGAAGUGAUAUCAAUAUCUCAAACAAGCACAAUACAAAUGCAUUACACAUCGCAACCCAGAAUGGACAUACAUCUUUGGUCACUUAUCUUACAAGUAAAAAUAUAAAUUUGGAGGCUCAACCUGAGCAAAAGAAUUCUCCUCUCCAUUUGGCCAUCAUAAAAAACAGCUUAUCCGUGGUGAAUAAUUUAAUAGACGUCGGCCAUGACAUAAACUCUCUCAACCAGAGGCAACAAUCACCAUUACACUUGGCAGCAGACCUUGGAAAUGUGGAAGUGAUUGAAAUGCUUCUCAAGAGAGGUUGUGACCUCAACAUUGUGGACAAGCAAGGAAAGACAGCCUUAGCUGUAGCUGCCAGGAGCAAUCUUGCCUUGAUUGUUGAUAUGAUCAUAAAAGCAGAGCGGUAUUACACCUGGAAACAGGAGCAUUGCCAUAGUGACAGUGAUCUGCCAAAUGAUACCUUAUCUUUCAAACAAGAUCACAGUUUGCAGACCAAACAGAUCCGCUCCUCCCUUUGGAAUCUUGCUUAUAAUCAAUUAAAGAUGUGUGAAUGGACAAAACUGGCACGAUUCUGGAUGUUUACAGAUGAACAGGUCAAAGCUAUUGAAGAGCAGUGGACAGGGAAAAAGAGCUACAAGGAACACGGGCACAGAAUGCUUCUAAUCUGGUUACAUGGUGUCCUAACUGCUGGUCAGAAUCCAAUCAAGCAAUUAUAUGAAGAUCUGGUGAGAGCUGGACUCCAACAACUAGCUGAGAAGAUGAGAUCAGAGAGUAAUGCUGGCACAGACCCAAGAAAAUGUGCAGUUUCAUGAACCCAUCCAACAAAGCCAGAUUGAAACUACUUUUUGAAAAUAACAUACAAAUAUUGAAUUUCAUUUAUUUACAAAUUGUUCUUUCAAAAACUGCCGAUUUGCUACCCCUGCAUUUCUUACAAUGUUGUCACAUGAAUAUUUGUUUUAGAGACAAAAACGAGCCUUCUUUCCUCCUGGCUCCCACCUCCACUUUUUUAGGCCAGAGAACACAUUACAUUUUCCUUGCAACAACUAAUUUCAUAUUCUACAUGUGAAUAAAACUAUAUAAAACCUUG